UUGUGACUUCCGCAAGCCCAGCCCCACUCGUGUUGUUGCCAGGAAACGGAAAGGACCUGUGGCGGCGUGACCUGCAAGCAGGCCGGGGAGAUCGUGGAGGCAGGCCGGGGAGAGGGACAGAGUGCUGUCGUGUGGGGAUGAGCGUGGCAGCCCGUCACAGGCAGUGAGUUGAAGCAUCCAAAUUACCAUAAGCCUUAUGAAGCAGCUGCGUGAGAAUAAAGCUGGGGGCCAUCCCCAAAAGAAGAAUUCCCCCUCUGGUAAGGACAGUAGGACCCCAACAGUACAGACUCCAGAUGACAGUGGGCAGAUCAAUAUAUUAAAUCAAAAACUCUUGGCCCAAAAACGACCUCUGCAAGGUUUGAGCAGCAUGGGAGGUGGUGCUGCAGGAAGUGUUGAUGAUGCCAAAAGACCUAAGCUCUUGCCUGAAGUGAGUUCACCUAGCCAAGAAUCUGAAGAGGAGUCAGAUGACAGUGAUUAUGAGAGAGUGGAGAGUGAUAAUGAUGUCAGUGAUGAUACAGAGAGCGAUGAAGAUGAUGAGGAUGAAACUGGCAGCAAUGCAUCAGAAAGUAGUGAUGAAGACCCUGAAGAAACGGCAGGCCAGCCUUCUUCAAGGCCUGAUUUAACAAAAGAAUUGUCUUCAAUGUCUUUUGAGGAGCUAUUACAAAUGAGGAAGCAAGUUGGGAUGAAGGUUUAUCAGCAGAUGUCAUCUAAGAAAAGAGUACCAGAUGUCACAAAAACAAAAAAGAGGCAGUGUUUGAGCAAAAACAGACCUAUGGAAACUUCAGCCAAAAAGCCAGUACCUUUUUUGCGGCAAGUAGUACCUGUUAAGAAAAAGGUGUCCCGAGACCCUCGUUUUGAUGACCUCUCUGGGGAAUAUAAACCAGAAGUGUUUGAAAAAACAUAUAAUUUCUUGAAUGAUCUGAGGAAGGAGGAAAAAGAGGUUAUUCAGAAGCAACUGAAGAAAAGCCAAAAUGUGGAAGAGCAGAACAAAUUGCAGCAACUCCUUAAGCGAAUGACACAACAGGAAGAAGCACAGAAAAAACGCCAGAAGGAGAGAGAAAAUUCCCUGGCAUUCAAGAAGCAGCAAAGAGAGUUGGCCAAGCAAGGAAAGAAGCCUUUCUUCCCAAAGAAAUCUGAAAUGCAGCAAUUGGAACUUGCUGAGAAAUACAAAGAGCUGAAGAAAAGUGGGAAGCUGGAGAGCUUCCUGAACAAGAAGAGGAAAAGGAAUGCUGCUAAGGACAAAAGGAGACUCCCUUUUAGGAAGAAUGUCUAAUAUCUGGCUACCUCCCAAAGGAAAGAAAGAAGACCCACACACAGACUCAAGCUUUGCCAGUUAUGCAGGUGACUCUGUGAAAGAUGACCUCUUCUGCUUUAAGUCAGGCAGCGACUGAAUAGUGAGGAACCAUCCAACAGUCCGAGAUACUCUGCCAAGUAAUUUAUGUCCACUGAAAAAAUGAUUGUUGAGCAAAAUUAAAUUAUGUUGUUCCAAUUUCACAAGCACCUCUUAAACUUUCAAAAAGGAAUCUUUUUAGAGAUUAAAUUUUCUGCUGUUUUUUUCUUCUUUUCCUUCCAGGGCACAGUGUAAUAGGUCCCUAUCAAUCUGAUUUCUGUCCUCGCUGCUUCUUCCAAAACUGGCCUUCCUCCUUCUAGUCUAUUUUUUCUACUAUGUGCAGGCUCAGCAUUCACCCACCUUCUUUCAGAAUUGCCUUCCUGGAGAGCACUCGUGCCUUCCUGCAGCUACCCAUUAGUCCUGCUUGAUUGUGAUUCCAGCUGUUUUCUUUGCAGAGCACAAUAACUGAUGCUUAACAGAAUUUCCCAAUAAGCAGCUGUCCUGCGCUAGGUAGAACUUUCUGUAAAGCAUAAUUUGCAGUAUAGCAGAUGGAAGAAUCACAAAAAGCAUAGUGAAUUCUAUUUUUAAAAGCGCAUAUAUAUCUUUUCCAGCUUUUCAAACUUUGGUUAGGGACAGCUGCUUUCUUUUGUAAUAUGAAUGUAUAUACCUUUAUCACUGAAGUGGACUAUGAGCAGUUUUUUACAAAAUUUGUGUAAGCAUACUUAUUGCAGAGUUUUAUUACAAUACAAAAUUGGCAAUUUUCAUUUUGACUGUGUUUGCUGGAUCACCAAUUAGCAUCAUUGUUUCACUGGGUGUAUUUAAAAAUAAAUUUAUUAUUUUAAUAACGUAAAUAUUUUAUUUGUUGGUAAAGAAUACAGGAACAGGUAUAUAGAAGGCAUAAAGAGCGGAUUCUUGUUGUACUUGCACUUUCAAACGUUUUGACUCGUAAUAAGUCAAGCUGAUCCUUAUAUGGAUCAUAUUACUGUAUUUUAUAUAAUGCUAGUAAAAUAUCGUUAUGGACAUACUGGCUAUCAGAGCACUGCUCCUGACAGCUAGAAGUUCUUACAAACCUUUCCUUUAAAAUAUAAAUCCAUAUCAUUUUAGAGUUGUAAGGAACUUCAGAAAUAAUUCAUUCCAUAAUUUGGCAGAAAAUAGAUUAGAAUCAGGAAGUUCAUUCUGCAGUUUGCAUUAGAUCAGCAAGGCUUUCCAAUUCCUAACUGUCUAACAAUCAAAAGAACCAAGAGCCCUCUCUUCUUAGACUAGGCAGCUAAAACAAAGUUGGAUGAAAAGCUAGAAGUAGUUUUUUUCCCAUAGGCUGGGCAUGCACUUAGGAGCAUUCUGUUUUUAAUUUUCAAGAUUAUUUUCACUCAGGCAAGCAACUAUUCUGCAUUUAGCUCUGGUUAGAAUAUUUUGACAACUAGUAGAAAACAUGAAACAAACCUAGUAUUUGCUCAUACCUGUCCUAGUGCGACUGUUACUAAAUGCAGAUAUUUUGUAACUACAGCAAACAGGAAUCAACUGUCUCCCAAAGCAGCUUGUUUCAUUGUUGAUAAUUUGUAAUUCAAAGUUUUUCUGAAUAUUAUGCUGAAAUCUGCUUUGCCAUUUGUAGCUGUCAGUAUUUAAACAGCCGAUUAGUCUCCUCCAUCUUCUGCUUGGCAUCCUAUCAUAUACAUGAAAAUAGCUAGUAUCUUCUUGUCUUGAUGCUAAAUAAAUCCAGUUUUUCAAACAUUCCCUAAAUAUUUCAGUGUACUAUUUGGUUACACUCUAGUUUGUUGGUGUGCUUUUAAAAACACGGGACCCAGAAAUGGACAUGAUGCCAUAGAUGUGGUUUGGCCAGCAGAGAAUAUUGUGGAAGAGCUGCCUUGCAGGAUUUGAGUAAGUUUUAUCUACUGCACAUUCUGCUUCUCACAAUGGUCAUCAAGAUAGUACUGAAAAGCCAGCAAUCUAUAAUGCAAGAUUUUGCUCCUUCCAUUGCUCCUCAGCAGUUUCCUCCAACCAUGGGUUUUGUGAUUUUGCCACCCGUUGCACAGAAUUUUAUAUCAAGGGACUGAUUUUGUACCCAAUAACCAGUGUGAGAUUCGCCUUAGGUAGUCACAAAACUCCAACAAAAUUUAUAAAUCACAUGUAUGUACUGAGCAAAUGUCAUUGCUGUUACUUUCUCAGGAUGCUAGGAAGGUGUGCCUAAUAGGGAGAAAUUUGAAGUACUGCUAUCUGCAUUUGUUCAGCUGCUCUGUUCCACAACGUGGAACCUAGGAUGUCCCCCCAAAAGCUGUGCACUGCUGAAUUGUGAAAUGUAUUUACACUUCUGUAAAUCUGUUUCACAGUCAGCAGCACACAUGGUUAACGGUGCUAUUAUCAGGACAGUAUAGUGGUUAACGGUAUAAUUAUCAGUUACAGUGGGUUUGGCUUUAAAGAAGCCUGCUAGGAAGAGUAUUGAUUGAGAGUGGUGGUAUUGAUUCUUGUAGUUGGCACUGAUACAUGUCUUAAAGAUUGAUAUCCUUUUGGCUUAUAUAAAAUGAUGAAUUAAUUUGUGGGUCAAUAAAUAAUUGAUAAAUCUUCAUA